UUGAUCGACUGGCUCCGCAUGCUCUAUGCGCAUCUCCAGUACCAGGUCCGCUUUGGUGGCGAUACUACGGAGUGCUUCAAAGCCUUGAUGGGCAUUCUCAUUGGCGACCCGGCCUCCCCCAUCCUCUGGAUACUAUACCUGUCGGACUUUGACCUCGAGCCCCACGAAGACGAUGUCAUCCUGGACGGCAAUGUGCGCUGCUCGCACGUCGAGCUUGCGGACGACAUGGCUCUCAUGAGUAUGUUGUCCACUGGCAUGCAGGGAAAGCUUGGCCAAACGGAGGGCUAUUGCGCAACCUCCUGCCUACUCAUCAAUGUCCCGAAAACACUCAGCAGCAUCCAGGGGCCUCUUCCGGACCCCCUACCAACACUACUCCUCUACAACGAGCGCCUGCGCUACGUGGACCUGGCGACAUAUGUCGGCAUGUCAGUCUGCUCCACAGUACGCGACAUCUUCCGCCCCCACUAUGAAGCAAAAGAGAAGGCGGCAGAGAAGGUUGCCAACGCGUGUUUCUCCCUGGAGUGCUAUGUAGGCCCACUCCCGCCGGCGAUUGCACUGCGUCUUUACCGAUCGCAUAUCGACCCGCACCUCACGAGCGGCUGCGAAAUUGCUAUUGACGUCCGUCCGAACGCCCUCGCAGGACUAGAGCGCAUCCAGCACACGUUCCUCCGCCGCGCGCUCCAUAUCAGCUCCCGCUCCCAAAUUGGACCACUGCACACGGAGACCGCAAUCUGGCCGCUCUCCUACCGCCGUAUCGUCCUCGUCCUCGGCUACCUGCUAUACCUUGUCACCGCGCGCCCCACUCUAGCAUUCGCCGCGCUCCGUGAGAGCUGGGCCCUGGCAACUGGCCCGAACCCGUCCGCAUCGUGGUGGAGCGACCUCCAGUUUGCAGCAGCAGCGCUGCCGGUCCCACUUGUCAUUAACCUGGCAGCUUGGCCCGAAGCAGACACUGUGCAAACCCUCAUCGCCGCCGUCCCAGCGCUUGUGGCUCAACAUCUGUGGACGAUAACUAUGACAUCACUGCGCCUCCCACUGCUGCAAGCGCGUCUCCACUUCGACUCUGCGCUCGACCGCGCGCCUGUCAUCAAGACAGUAUGCACCCUACGCGACUACCUGCAGCUCCCCACCCACAGACAGCGAUCCGCCAUUGCGCUGCUCAUGCUGUCGGAACACCCCCUCGCGGUUGAGCGCCUCAGGCGCGCCCCAAUCCGACGCGACCGCGCUUUGCGAGUAUGCCGUUGGUGUCAACACCCCUGGGCCGUGGAGACCGAAACACACGCGUUGCUCGAGUGCGAUAGCGAACCGCUCUCUACACUCCGCGAGGCGUUCCUAGCAAAUCUGUUCGCAGUGCUACCGUCCCUCCGGUCCCCACACUUCCAUCUUGCCAGCUCUGCGUUCCUCGACAUGCUACUUAGAGGCUCAACGACACUCCCGUUGCUGGCAAACUAUGUGGCGGAUAUAUUCGCCCUGUGCGAUGUCACCCCCCUACUUAUCCUCGGUGAAGCGCCCGACGGUGCGCGCGAGGAGCCCGGUGUACCGGGUACAAACUAA